AUGGCUGCUGAGAGGAGACACAGGUUGAAGACACUCAAAUCGGAUCUAGUGGAGUACGUCCAGAGAUGCGUCGUUGAGAGGCGGUCGGCGCCGGCCAAUCAUCCUACAGGGCCAAGCACCGCCCCCCUGUACGACGAUAGGAUCAAAACAAAGACGGCGCCCCAAGCGGGGGUGAUUGGCCUGGCGGAGUUUAGCGCGCACGAAACUAUAACAAGCGGGCAUGAUGGUGGCGGUGGCGAGGCCGACUUGGUAGGAGGAGAGGAGCGGAGGGCAGGGUCCGAUGAGGAGUCAGAAGAGAGAUCAGAGCAGUCGGUGGAGUUAGAGUCUGAGUCACAGUCCGAGGAGGAGGAGGAGAAGGAGGAGGAGGAGGAGGAGGAGGAGGAGGAGGAGGAGGAGGAGGAGGAGGAGGAGGAGGAGGAAGAGGAGGAGGAGGAGGAGGAGGAGGAGGAGGAGGAGGGGGAGGAGGAGGGGGAGGAAGAGGGGGAGGAGGAGGAGGGGGAGGACGGGGAGGAGGAGGAGGGGGAGGAGGAGGAGGGGGAGGAGGAGGAGGAGGAGGAGGAGGAGGAGGAGGAGGAGGAGGAGGAGGGGGAGGAGGAGGAGGAGGAGGAGGAGGAGGAGGAGGAGGAGGAGGAGGAGGAGGAGGAGGAGGAGGAGGGGGAGGAGGAGGGGGAGGAAGAGGGGGAGGAGGAGGAGGGGGAGGAGGAGGGGGAGGAGGAGGAGGGGGAGGAGGAGGAGGGGGAGGAGGAGGAGGAAGAGGAGGAGGAGGAGGAGGAGGAGGAGGAGGGGGAGGAGGAGGAGGAGGAGGAGGAGGAGGAGGAGGAGGAGGAGGAGGAGGAGGAGGAGGAGGAGGAGGAGGAGGAGGAGGCAGAGAAGGAGGCUCAUGGAGCUGAGGCGGACUCCGAUGACGGUCUGCUGGGAGCGGACGAGCAGGACCAUGGCGGACAUGUGGAGGCCGACCUGACGAAUGUCGUACAAUGGGGUGCUGGACGUGUCCCGAUGUCGACCGGCGAGGCAGGAGCAAAUGUGGCAUCGGCUGGAAAUGAAGGGGGAGACAAGUCUCGUUCGGCUCACCUCGACUUCCACCAAUAUCGGCGGCGCCCUUUCCGGCAGCAUUGGGCCACCCCCGCCUCCCUGUCCAUCCCCCGCGCUGCCAGAAGAAGUCAUCAAAGUAGUCUUGAUGCCGACCGUCUUGAUGCCAACAUGCGGUUGGGUGGACACGUGACCAAUGUCGGGGAGAAAGUGAAGUCUUCGUUGGCUGAUUACGUUCAGUUUUGGCUCGCCUCGACUUCCACCAAUAUCGUCGGCGCCCUUUCCGGCAGCAUCGGGCCACCCCCGCCUCCCGGUCCAUCCCUCCCAGAAGAAGUCACCAAAACAGUAAGGGAUGACUUGAUUCAGGCGGCGACCGCCGUCAUGCAACAGGCAUUGGGUACCGUCGGCUUUACGCUACUGCUUAACGUGCUCGCUACAAUGAGGCAGGGGCGGCGUGGUUCGUCUCCCUCGGCCGGCGACUUGGAGGCUGUGACAAGGCAAAGGCCAGGAAAAAGGGUUGAUAGUAGAGGUGCAGCCGACGGCGAUGACGCGGGAAGUUCGAAGUGGAGUGAAGGUGCUGGUGGGAGCCGCGCCGCAAGCGGCGACAUUCCAGAUCGUUCUCAGUCUUGUUCUCCAAGCGUCAACGUGCUGCUAAAGAAAAAAGGGGCGAAAGCUCGACUAUUUGGCCCGCAGAGUAAAGGUGGAGACGACAUCAGCGUGGAGGGUAGGACUGCCGUCACGGAGGGUAUGCAAGCUGGCGGGUCUUCCUCCCAUGCCGCUAGAAAGAAAGGUUCGGAGAUUCCCCGUCCUCGAGGUCGCACCACGGCCUUCCGAUCACCCGGUCUCGGCCGAGAUCAAUGCGCGUCAAGCGGCAUCACCAUCCGCUUAUCCACCGACAACUGGCCCCAGUGCUGCACCGACCACGGGGCAACCCGUCGCCGGUCCUACACCUUCGGACCUGGUCUCGGCCAUGCUGCUGGCCCAGAUCAACGCGCGUCAAGUGGCAGCACCAUUGCGCAUCCGCCGACAACUGGCCCCAGCGCUGCGCCAACCACGCAGCAGCCCGCCGCCGAGGCCACGCCAUCGGACCCGGUCUCGGCCAUGCUGCUGGCCGAGAUCAACGCGCUUCAAGCAGCAGCACCAUCCCCUCAUCCGCCAACAACCGGUACCCGCGCUGCGCCGACCAUCGUGAACUUUGGUGAGGCCGUACGCCAAGCAGUGACAGACAACACGCCGGUUCCUUCAGUGGUUCCAACGCCUUACCAGGUCGGCAAGGUGGCCCUUGAUGGUGGCGUUGACGAUUUUCAACAACCUUAUCAUCGGGGAUGA